AUGUCCUCACCUCCCCAAACAUACCCGCGUCUCCCGCCCAAACUGAUCCUCACCUCGACAAAGGCCUACUUCUCCCCCUCGCGCACACUCACGUACCUCUCCAGCAUUCUCGACGGGGAGAAAAACCACAUCCUCCCCCUCCUCCAAAGACACCGGGAGGGCGUGCUGUUCGUGCUCAUCCCGGAUUUUCUCACCAUUUAUCCGUGCGCGCAGGCUCUCGCAUCUUGGUCGUCUUCUUCUUCUUUUCCACCACCGCAGGGAAACGAGCUGGACACAUCGUCGUCGUCGUCGUCGUCGUGGCCCAUCGCGCUGGGCGCACAGAACGUCUACCCUUCCACAACCUACGGCGCGUUCACGGGGGAGAUCACGGUCCCGGGACUCAAGGAACUAGGCUGCUCCAUCGUCGAGAUCAACCACGCCGAACGCCGUCGGUACCUGGGCGAGACCGACGCCACCGCCGCCGCAAAGGCCGCCGCCGUGUGCGCCUUGCACAUGGUUCCGCUCGUGUGUAUCGGCGAACUCGAAAAGCCCGACCUGAGAGGACCGUUCAGCCAGUCCGUAGGUGCCGCCAUGGCGCAGCUCCAUCCUCAGAUCCGGGCCGUCUUGACCGCCGUCCCGCAUGACGCGCCGGUCAUCUUCGCCUACGAGCCCGUCUGGGCCAUUGGCGCCGCGGAGCCCGCCGGUGUCGACUACGUCGGCCCCGUGGUGCAGGCCAUACGAGAGCUGGCCAGGCAGAUCGCGCCGCAGAGAACCGCCGAGGCGAAGGUGGUUUAUGGAGGCAGCGCCGGUCCGGGGCUGUGGAGUGGCAAGGCCAAUGGAGGAAACGGGCUGGGGAAAUGGGUCGAUGGCUUGUUUUUGGGGAGGUUCGCCCAUGAGAUCUCGGGUGUCAGAGGAGUUGUGGAGGAAGUUGUCGAAAGUCUAGAAUCAAGGUGA